GCUACAUCUCAACACGUAAAUUAUAAAAGUAAAACAAAUAUUGAAAAACUGUGCAAUGUGAUAAUCGCUGCUUAUACAAUUCAGCGGCAUUUAAUAAAUUAAACUUUGAUAUGGAUGAAUAUGGAAUAUAGAGCACUUUAUCUUACUCUCGUAAAAAAGUAAAAUGCCAUUAGAUGUCCAACGAACUAAGCCCUCUAAGGGUAAGAGGAUAAAGAACUUUGGAAGAGGCUUAAGUAAUGAUCCAGACCAAUUGCCAUACAGUAGAGCUGAUGAUGGAGAUAUCAUCUUGCCUAAUGCAUUUAGAGGGAGACUGUACGAGCUGUUCAGCCAAAUCGAGAAGGAAUUCGAAGCGCUGUACACGGAAAACAUAGCACUAAAGGAAAAAAUUGAAGCUUUGAAUGAACAGCUAGAGAGAGAGCCAGUCUGUGUUGCUGCUGAUAGGACUGAGCUGGUGGAUGGUACUGAGGCAGCAACUUCAAAAAACAAAGGGAAAAGAGAAUCACUAACAGCUAGUCAAUUAUCCCAGAAGAUCAAAAGCACGUACAAACUGAAAGCAUCGACCAGCCGAAUAGUUUCUACUUUCAAAGCUCCUACACUGACAUGCCGUUUAUCGAAAGAAUAUAUAGGCCAUAGGGAUGGAGUUUGGGAAGUUAGUUGCUCUCGAUAUGGACCGCCUGUAAUAGCUACAGCUUCAGCAGAUCACACAGCAAGAAUUUGGGAUAUACACAAUGGCAGUUGUAUACUGCAGUAUUGGGGGCACAAAGGUUCUGUUAACUCUGUGCGAUUUCAUCCAACUCAGGAUUUGGUUGUAUCUGCGUCUGGAGACCAAACUGCUCAUGUCUGGCCUGCAUCUGUCUCUGGAGGGACUAUAAUUGAAAGCUUGAAAUGUCAUUCUUCAGAAGAGGAAGUUGAAUUGUCAGAGGAGGACCACUAUGAUGAUGCUGAUACAUCUCAUAAUGUUUCCAUAUUGAAGAAUGCAAAGAUUGAACUCCAAGGACAUAUAGGUGUAGUUAUUGCUGCAGACUGGCUUGCCGGAGGUGAUCAAGUGAUUACCGCUUCCUGGGAUCGAACAGCUAAUGUUUAUGACGUGCAAACGGGGGAGCUUGUAACACAGUUAGUAGGACAUGAUCAAGAGCUUACAAAUACCUGUACCCAUCCUAUGCAACGUCUUGUCGUGACAUCUUCCAAAGACACAACAUUUCGUUUAUGGGACUUCAGAGAAGCAAUACAUUCUGUUAGUGUGUUCCAGGGUCAUACAGACUCUGUAACUUCAGCUACAUUUGCUAGUGGUGACAAGGUUGUUUCUGGAAGUGAUGACAGAACAGUAAAGGUUUGGGACUUAAAGAAUAUGCGUUCACCUCUUACUACAAUAAGAUUAGAUUCUCCAGUCAACAGGUUAGCAGUUUCAAACCAGCAUGUCAUAGCAAUUCCACAUGAUAACAGACAUGUACGUCUGUUUGAUCUAAAUGGUGUUCGUCUUGCAAGGCUACCUCGAAGUAACAGACAGGGUCAUCGAAGAAUGGUGUGUUCAGUAGCAUGGUUAGAUGAUGCACAUUCAAAACCAUGCAACUUGUUCACCUGUGGAUUUGAUAGACUUGUAUUUGGUUGGCGUGUUACAUUCCCUAAUAAAGAUGAUACAAAGCUCAACACAGUAAAACCAAACUAAAUUAAUGUAAUUUAUGUACUUUGUCAAAUGUCAUGGGCAUUUUUACUGUGAUCAGAGAACUGAGAUGUUUGAAUAUUGUUUAUGUUAUAAAGCAGAUUACUGAAAUACUGAAACUUCAAAAUAGCUAAUUAAAAAUUUUUAUUAUUUUUGCAUCUAAUUUUUAAAAAAAUUAUGCUUGUUAAUGAAUGAACUGCAUUAUGUAUUUUCGACUUUGUCAUUGUGUACAUAUUAAUUCUAGAAUAAAAUAUGUUCUAUUACUCCAAAUAUUUGGUAUUGUAAUAUUUUGUUGCAAUAAAAAAUGCCAUUGCACUUUUUAUCUAAGCAUUA